UUGAGACGGAGUUUUGCUCUUGUUGCCCAGGCUGGAGUGCAAUAAUGUGAUCUCGGCUCACUGCAACCUCCGCCACCUGGGUUUAAGUGAUUUUCCUGCCCAGCCUCCUGAGUAGCUGGGAUUACAGGCAUGCAUCACCACGCCCCAUUAGUUUUGUAUUUUUAGCAGAGAGGAAGUUUCUCCAUGUUGGUCAGGCUGAUCUUGAACUCUCGUCCUCAGGUGAUUUGCCUGCCUCUGCCUCCCAAAGUGCUGGGAUUACAGGCGUGAGCCACCGUGCCCGGCCAAAAUAGUUUUUUAAAAACGUUAAUAAAAUAUAUAAAAAAAAAGCAUGGCACUGUCAUCCCAUGAGUUAGAAAUCAAGAUCUAGGAUUAAAUUGGUUAAUUUAUUCUUAGUUAAUAGUCAAGACAGUUCUUAUUCUGUGAGUCAAGCACUCACCUGUUGAGUGACAUAGUUCUUGAAUCAUAUGCCCAAGGAAAAGGACAUGUCUAACAUCUCAGAAUUUUAAAACUGUGUGUAUUAACAGUGGUUUGUAUCAUUUUGCACAUCAGAAUUACCUGGGAACUUUAAAAAAAAGUUUAAAAGUUGAUAUGUAGGCUAGUUGUAGGGAAUUGUGACAUUGAGCCCAGGGGAAUUGUCAGAUUGUAGGGGAUGGGGACUGGGCAUGAGUGGUUUUUAAAAGCUCCCAGGCCAUUUGAAUAUGCAGUGAGGUUGAGAAGCUCUGGUUAAUGUAACCCUCAGGACAGCUCAAGAAAUUCUUGCGCUGUGCUUUCCCACGUACAUUUCAGUGCACAGGCUGUGUACCUGUGGCUGUUUAUCAGGUUCAUCUUCUUUAGCAAGUUUGGCAGUUUUGUAAAGUGUCUAAAGAUCUUUUAUCUUGUAUUCUUAUAUAAAGUAAAAUCUAUGUGGUAGUUGGCUUUACUGAACCUAUUAAAAUUGUUUUUUGGCUUUGGUUAUAAGCUUCUAAGUAAUAAACAAGAAUCAUCAGACAGAAAUAUGAGUUACUGCUUUCAGCAGAGUACAGAUUUACUUUAUACUUACUUAGAUGUAAACACAAUAGUUCACGUAUGUUUAACGAAAUUCUAAGUUCGCCUAUGUUUAAUGAAAUUCAAAGUUGAUUGGAACAGGUAUGAUUUAAAAAGUUAGAUGAGAAGGCUGGGUGCAGUGUCUCACGCCUGUAAUCAGCACCGUGGGAGACCGAGGCUGGCGAAUCAUUUGAGGUCAGGAGUUUGAGACCAGCCUGGCCAACAUAGCAAAACCCUGUCUCUACUGAAAAUACAAAGAUUAGCCAGGCAUGGUGGUGCAUGCCUGUAAUCCCAGCUACUUCGGAGGCUUGUGGCAGGAGAAUUGCCUGAACCCAGGAGAUAGAGGUUGCAGUGAGCAGACAUUGCACCACUGUACUCCAGCCUGGCCGACAGAGUGAGACCCUGUCUCCAAAAAAAAAAAAAAAAAAAGUGAGGUGAGAAAAUAACCAUCUUACAACUUGCCACUUUUCAGAAGCUGAUAAGCUGCUGUGAGCCCUGUUUUCGCAUGUGUUUAUGAAAGAAUUGGACUGGGACUUUUGCUUCCCUGUUUGUUUCCUUCCUAAUAUAGCUCGAACUAUGUAGGUCCCCAGAAAUCAUUUUGGUGCUUGACUUGGGUGGGUGGUCCCUACAGUAUAUGAAUUCAGUAUAUAACAUCUAUGUCAGACCCUAAAGAUUAUCAACAGGUAGAAUCUUGGUUCUCAAAAUGUAGCAUAAACUAGAAUCACCUGGAGGGCCUGUUAAAACACAGUUGCUGGUUCUACCCCCAGGGUUUCUGAUUCAGGUCUGGGGUGGGUAGGGCCAGAGAAUUUGUAUUUCUGAGAAGUUCAGGGUGUUACUGAUGUUCUUGGUUCAGGAGUUCUGAGAAUCAUGGAGGUGGAGAUUGUCGGGGUUGGUGACAUUUGUAAGAGAAGGGUAUUUACAGAAGUUUGAAAAAGAAGACUCUCAGAAUUAAGUUUGGUCACACAAUGGACAAAAGGGAAAAAAGUUCCAUCUAGAUGCAGAAAAAUAAUAAAAAUUGACUUAAAAAUUAUUAUUUGUAAGCUCAAAGAUAGAAUUUUUCCUCCCUUUUCUACAGUUUUAAUGAAUUGAGGUUUGAACCCGGGACUCUAAUUUUCAAAGGAUUUGUUUGUAGUCUUUCAGUUUACAUCUCCUAAUUCAGUUGCUAAUUUUAUUAGGUUCCUAAUUUUAUUAGGAACUUGUUUUUCUUCACUGUGCCUCAGUUUCCCCAUAAUAAGAAUAAAUAUGAUUGCCAGAGAUAUUGUCAGGAUAUUUUAAAGUCUAAUGAAUAAUAUUAUGUAGUAUUUGAAGAUUACGAAGUUAGGAAACUUAUAAAAAAAUAUGAAAAAUAUUCUAAACAUUUAAACAUUUUUCCCAGUCAACUGGGCCACAGUAAAAGAAGAAGCCAAUGUGGAGGGUAAACAAAAUAGUGGGCCAAUAUGGAAGCUGGCUUCAUUUUGUAAAGUAUUAUACAGAAAUGGGAAAGUUUUAAAGCAUGAAACUGGUGAGAAAGGAAGUGACUCAAUUCAAAACAGGUAGGACUCCACACCAGUAAUGAUCUGUAACUAAGGAACAUUGCCUACAGAAGAGAGAAGCCAUGAGAGACAGUUGAGUGUGGUUUGGAAAAAAAUCUCUACAUAUGAAGUCAAGAAAGCACAAUGAAGCCUUCUGGUUAAUGAAUUUAGACCUGCUGAAGUUCCCAUGAUGUCACCCAAUGGAUCCAUUCCUCCCAUUCAUGUGCCUCCAGGUUAUAUCUCACAGGUGAUUGAAGAUAGCACUGGAGUCCGCCGGGUAGUGGUCACACCCCAGUCUCCUGAGUGUUAUCCCCCAAGCUACCCCUCAGCCAUGUCUCCAACCCAUCAUCUCCCUCCCUAUCUGACUCACCAUCCACAUUUUAUUCAUAACUCACACACGGCUUACUACCCACCUGUUACUGGACCUGGAGAUAUGCCGCCACAGUUUUUUCCCCAGCAUCAUCUUCCCCACACAAUAUAUGGUGAGCAAGAAAUUAUACCAUUUUAUGGAAUGUCAAGCUACAUCACCCGAGAAGACCAGUACAGCAAGCCUCCGCACAAAAAACUGAAAGACCGCCAGAUCGAUCGCCAGAACCGCCUCAACAGCCCUCCUUCUUCUAUCUACAAAAGCAGCUGCACAACAGUAUACAAUGGCUACGGGAAGGGCCACAGUGGUGGAAGCGGCGGAGGCGGCAGUGGUGGUGGUCCCGGAAUUAAGAAAACAGAGCGACGAGCAAGAAGCAGCCCAAAGUCGAAUGAUUCAGACUUGCAAGAAUAUGAGUUGGAAGUAAAGAGGGUGCAAGACAUUCUUUCGGGAAUAGAGAAACCACAGGUUUCUAAUAUUCAGGCAAGAGCAGUUGUGUUGUCCUGGGCUCCCCCUGUUGGACUUUCCUGUGGACCCCACAGUGGUCUUUCCUUCCCCUACAGUUACGAGGUUGCCUUAUCAGACAAAGGACGAGAUGGAAAAUACAAGAUAAUUUACAGUGGAGAAGAAUUAGAAUGUAACCUGAAAGAUCUUAGACCAGCAACAGAUUAUCAUGUGAGGGUGUAUGCCAUGUACAAUUCCGUAAAGGGAUCCUGCUCCGAGCCUGUUAGCUUCACUACCCACAGCUGUGCACCCGAGUGUCCUUUCCCCCCUAAGCUGGCACAUAGGAGCAAAAGUUCACUAACCCUGCAGUGGAAGGCACCAAUUGACAAUGGUUCAAAAAUCACCAACUACCUGUUAGAGUGGGAUGAGGGAAAAAGAAAUAGUGGUUUCAGACAGUGCUUCUUCGGGAGCCAGAAGCACUGCAAGUUGACAAAGCUUUGUCCGGCAAUGGGGUACACAUUCAGGCUGGCCGCUCGAAACGACAUUGGCACCAGUGGUUACAGCCAAGAGGUGGUGUGCUACACAUUAGGAAAUAUCCCUCAGAUGCCUUCUGCACCAAGGCUGGUUCGAGCUGGCAUCACAUGGGUCACGUUGCAGUGGAGUAAGCCAGAAGGCUGUUCACCCGAGGAAGUGAUCACCUACACCUUGGAAAUUCAGGAGGAUGAAAAUGAUAACCUUUUCCACCCAAAAUACACUGGAGAGGAUUUAACCUGUACUGUGAAAAAUCUCAAAAGAAGCACACAGUAUAAAUUCAGGCUGACUGCUUCUAAUACGGAAGGAAAAAGCUGUCCAAGCGAAGUUCUUGUUUGUACGACGAGUCCUGACAGGCCUGGACCUCCUACCAGACCACUUGUCAAAGGCCCAGUUACAUCUCAUGGCUUUAGUGUCAAAUGGGAUCCCCCUAAGGACAAUGGUGGUUCAGAAAUCCUCAAGUACUUGCUAGAGAUUACUGAUGGAAAUUCUGAAGCGAAUCAGUGGGAAGUGGCCUACAGUGGGUCGGCUACCGAAUACACCUUCACCCACUUGAAACCAGGCACUUUGUACAAACUCCGAGCAUGCUGCAUCAGUACCGGCGGACACAGCCAGUGUUCUGAAAGUCUCCCUGUUCGCACACUAAGCAUUGCACCAGGUCAAUGUCGACCACCGAGGGUUUUGGGUAGACCAAAGCACAAAGAAGUCCACUUAGAGUGGGAUGUUCCUGCAUCAGAAAGUGGCUGUGAGGUCUCAGAGUACAGCGUGGAGAUGACAGAGCCCGAAGACGUAGCCUCGGAAGUGUACCAUGGCCCAGAGCUGGAGUGCACCGUCGGCAACCUGCUUCCUGGAACCGUGUAUCGCUUCCGGGUGAGGGCUCUGAAUGAUGGAGGGUAUGGUCCCUAUUCUGAUGUCUCAGAAAUUACCACUGCUGCGGGGCCUCCUGGACAAUGCAAAGCACCUUGUAUUUCUUGUACGCCUGAUGGAUGUAUCUUAGUGAGUUGGGAGAGUCCUGAUAGUUCUGGUGCUGACAUCUCAGAGUACAGGUUGGAAUGGGGAGAAGAUGAAGAAUCCUUAGAACUCAUUUAUCAUGGGACAGACACCCGUUUUGAAAUAAGAGACCUGUUGCCUGCUGCACAGUAUUGCUGUAGACUACAGGCCCUCAAUCAAGCAGGGGCAGGGCCGUACAGUGAACUUGUCCUUUGCCAGACGCCAGCGUCUGCUCCUGACCCCGUCUCCACUCUCUGUGUCCUGGAGGAGGAGCCCCUUGAUGCCUACCCUGAUUCACCUUCUGCGUGCCUUGUACUGAACUGGGAAGAGCCGUGCAAUAACGGAUCUGAAAUCCUCGCUUACAACAUUGAUCUAGGAGACACUAGCAUUACUGUGGGCAACACCACCAUGCAUGUUAUGAAAGAUCUCCUUCCAGAAACCACCUACCGGAUCAGAAUUCAGGCUAUAAAUGAAAUUGGAGCUGGACCAUUUAGUCAGUUCAUUAAAGCAAAAACUCGGCCAUUACCACCCUUGCCUCCUAGGCUAGAAUGUGCUGCUGCUGGUCCUCAGAGCCUGAAGCUAAAAUGGGGAGACAGUAACUCCAAGACACAUGCUGCUGAUGACAUGGUGUACACACUACAGCUGGAGGACCGAAACAAGAGGUUUAUUUCAAUCUACAGAGGACCCAGCCACACCUACAAGGUCCAGAGACUGACGGAAUUCACAUGCUACUCCUUCAGAAUCCAGGCAGCAAGUGAGGCUGGAGAAGGGCCCUUCUCAGAAACCUAUACCUUCAGCACAACCAAAAGUGUCCCCCCCACCAUCAAAGCACCUCGAGUAACACAGUUAGAAGGAAAUUCAUGUGAAAUUUUAUGGGAGACAGUACCACCAAUGAAAGGCGACCCUGUUAACUACAUUCUGCAGGUAUUGGUUGGAAGAGAAUCUGAGUACAAACAGGUGUACAAGGGAGAAGAAGCCACAUUCCAAAUCUCAGGCCUCCAGACCAACACAGACUACCGGUUCCGCGUAUGUGCGUGUCGUCGCUGUUUAGACACCUCUCAGGAGCUAAGCGGAGCCUUCAGCCCCUCUGCGGCUUUUGUAUUACAACAAAGUGAGGUCAUGCUUACAGGGGACAUGGGGAGCUUAGAUGAUCCCAAAAUGAAGAGCAUGAUGCCUACUGAUGAACAGUUUGCAGCCAUCAUUGUGCUUGGCUUUGCAACUUUGUCCAUUUUAUUUGCCUUUAUAUUACAGUACUUCUUAAUGAAGUAAACCCAACAAAACUAGAGGUAUGAAUUAAUGCUACACAUUUUAAUACACACAUUUAUUCAGAUACUCCCCUUUUUAAAGCCCUUUUGUUUUUUGAUUUAUAUACUCUGUUUUACAGAUUUAGCUAGAAAAAAAAAUGUCAGUGUUUUGGUGCACCUUUUUGAAAUGCAAAACUAGGAAGAGGUUAAACUGGAUUUUUUUUAAAAAAAAAAAAAGAAAAAAAAAAAAGAAGAAAAGCAUACCAGAUACCAAAAGCUAGCUUUCUUAUGUUUUCCUUUAAAUUUUCAGAUUUACCUUCAUUCUGUUUUCACUGAUGUCUUUUGCAAGCCUUUGAUUUUUUUUUGUUACAGUUUAGUAAUUUAUAUUCACAAGUCACUUCUUAUGUCUUGAACAUCUGUAUCUGUAAACAUGAAUCACCGUGUGUGUACUUACAGGGCUAGGAUUUCAGUGUUGUCAGAGUAUUACCACACAGCAACAGCAACAUACAGAAGAUAUGUUCACUCAGAUAAGACUGCCCUAAACAACCAUUUUGUCACUCAGUUAUUUAACUGUGUUUGGCUCAUUUAAAUCAAAAUGUGUACUUUAAUCUAAAAUGUUUUAAUCAUCUGUAUUUCUUAUAAUUUUAACACUAUGAGCUGCCUGUAUAAGAAAUCAAGUAACCAGAAUGCACCUAUAAAUUAUGGAGCAUUGUAGAUUUUACCACAUCAAUUCAUAGCAGUAACUUUAAGAGGGCAUUGUGCAAUAGUUAGUUGUUUUCUUGUUCACCUAUUUUAAAGGCUGCUUUAACUUGUUUGUUUGUCUUUGUAUAUAACUACUUCUAAUCUAAUCACUAGAGUUAUUAUAUUCUGUUAUGUUUGACCAGAAUUAUAUGACAAGAACUGGUGACAGUUUAGUGCCUCUGCCCAUUGUCCAUGAUUUACACUAAUUGUGAGCAGUCUUCUUAUGUGUCAGCUCAUUAUUUUUGAAACAUUUGCCUUUAGGCUGUUCUUUGAGGUAUCAAUGAAGUGAUUGAAUUUCAAUACCUUAAUUCAGUGCACAUAAUACUAAUGUAACAGCAGAUGAAAAUUGAUAAAACCCAAAAGAGAGUCAUCUAAAUUUGUAGUUUCUAUUUCUGUGGGUUUGCCUGGCCGUGGUUGGAGAGGGAAUGGUGUUUGAUGGUAAACACAGGGUGUUUGGGGAUCAAGGAGCCUAGAUUCUCUCCCUGGAUCUGUCACUAACUUGCUGUGUGACCUGAACACGUCACUUUACCUCUCUGUGCCUCAGUUUUCCCAUGCAUGAAAAAUAAAAUAAAAUAAAAUGGGGAUUCUAAUGUUUGUAAGUGCUUUGAGAUCUUUGACCAACAGGUGCUAUUGGAGUGCAAAGUGUUACUCUUACAUGUUUAUUUUGAGUCAUGAGAUAAUCAAUUUUAACCCAAAGUCAUUGGAUUAUUUAUAUGAAGUCCAUAAUGUUCAAGUACCUCAGGGACAUUUAAGAGUUGGAGGUGCAAAUAUAUUCCAAAAGGGUGCAACAGACACAGUGUAUCCCCCUGCUUCUGUUUUUGUAUAUUUUUGCUACUUGGUUUUUCUUGAUCAUAGCUAUUUUGUGCUUGAUCUUUAUUGUCUAAGAUGCAGUAUCCUGUACUAGCUUAUAAUAUUCCCAUACCAAAGUCAUGGGGAAACCAACAUUAUUUUGUUUUGGGUUUAUUUAUACUAUAUUCUGCAUACAGUACUUUAAAUGCCAAUUACAGUGCAAUCUUUAUUUAUUGUAAAAUUUUUUAAAUGUACUUAUGUACUAAUUUUCCUUUGUAGCAUGUUAUAUUUUUGUGUUUUAUACUUUUGUAAUUUUAGGUCAGCCUUGUUCCUUGGCAACAUCUGUAGUAUUAUUAAUCUUCUGAUAUUUUCUUAUGUUUUUAAAAAGAUAAGAGCAUCUAGUGCAUUAAAUGCCAAAAAAAAAAAAAUCCAUUAUCAGUGAUUGAAACGUUUACAUGUACCCAAAAACCAUAAUCAUCUCUUGGAAGAAAAUGCUGAGAUCAAUGAAUUAUUCUGUGUGCCUAUAUUGAUGUAGUGAGUACUAGAGAGUUCUGUAUUUUAUUGACUAUAAUAAUUAGUUUAAUUAGCUUUGCAAACUGAUGGCAUCAAGGUAAAUAUAUUUUUGCCAAAGUUCUGGCCUUCCAAAACUCACCCCCCUAUUUAAAUGUGUGCUAUGACCCACUAUGACACAGCAUCUGCAUUUUCUAAAAAAUUCCAUGCAGGUGUUUUGGGGAGAGGUAUUUUUUAAGCAAUGAAAAUUCAACUGAGUACAAAGCCCCCUCUGGGGGGGUUGGGGAAGUCUCUUUUUUGAAACACUUCAGAACUGCUGCUAUAAAGAAAUUCUCUGAAUUGGUUGAAUUUUUUUUUUCAGUAAAUAGUACUUUAGGCCAAAAUUUAUAUGAAUAUUUGAUCUUCUUGAGAUUUUCAUACUAUCAUUUAACCACCAGGAAGCUGAAGUGUGUGAAAUACAAAGCUGACAGCACUUUAUUUUAUUGCUCACCAUUAUUUGGUAUUCAUUAUAUUCCUUCAGUCAGAAAAUUAUUACUCUCUAUGGCACUGUUUUCUAUCACAAAUAUGUAUAUGUGAUAUUGAUAUAUAACUAUAUAUAUUGCCAUUACACACGAACAAUAAAAUAAAGUGUUCUAUUAACCUGAUCUCUUUGCCCUUUUGCUAUGUGAGGAGUGAAUGAGUGGCCUUCUGAUGCUCUGACUCUUCUCUGUAUGUCAAACUCAUCCCUGGCACAAGAAAUUCCAGUCGUGUGAAGCAAACUGCCCUUUGUCCUCAAAGAAAUUGUUGAAAAAGAAAACUUUUUAAAGAGAUGUUUUGCAUAUUCUCUGCCUUGUUCUUAUCAACUUGAAAUGUUGGCAUUUUUCUAACCUUGUUUUGUUGGCUACAAUAAUUCAGUAUUCCUGUCAAAAUUGAGAAGUGCCCUAACUGAAUGUGUUUGAAUGUUAUCCUUGCACAAUUCUUUAAAUUGAAAGAUAAAAUGUUUUACCUCACUGUUGGACAUACAUUCCAAGCUUUUCAACUCUAGGAGGAAAAGAAAAUCAUGUUUUCCUGUAUUGUAAAUUUUAGACUAUUUCGUAUGCAUUGUAUUAAAACUGCCAUAUCAAUUUUAAUGUAUAGAUUUUGCAAAUACUAUGCUAUAUGUAAUACCUAACUGUAUCUGUAGUGUAUAUGUAAUAUAUUUAUGCCCAAUAAAUGUUUUAAUUCUUUCUGACUUAA